AUGAAGGAUUUUGGACCCAAGAAUGAGGGCAGCACUAUGAGGAUUACUUUUUUCGAGGUUGCAAUGUCAUCGGUCAUAUUGUCCUUUGUCGCCGUUAUCUACAACUUUGUAGCAGACGCCAUCAAGUCGCUUUCAACUCUUGUCAUAGUCCCCAGUGCUCCGGUAGACUCGAGAAAGAAUGGAAAAGCAACCUUGAAACGGGAAAAUUUAAAACUGGCCAACAACAGCAAAGCUGUUGUUGCUAGUAGUUGUUCCUUGUUCCCGUCCAUGAAUCUCACAGCUGCUGAACAAACAAAGGAGGUCAGGAAACACCAAUCAUUGCUCCCAACGUCAUGUUCUAUGGGCUUGACAACUAAACUAUUGCCAUUCACAAACUCCAAAGGGGAGCUAGAAUGGAUAUUUACCGAAGACGACACCGGCAACAGCAGGAACCGCGAUCUGGCUCUAGCUUCCAUGCCACCACCUCAGCAGCCUGGUUUCAAAGAAGAAACCGAGUUUCAUCUCCACGACUUGUCGCCAACAAUGUCCAACUCAUCAAACGAAACCACCUUAUCUCAAAAACUAGCUACUUUGACCAAGGACCAAUCGAUUUCUCCAAAUAGCGAAGCAUCUCCAUAUGACGAUGUCGAAGUAGGAGAAGCGGGAAAUGAAGAGCAAGAAGAAGAAGAAGAAGAAGAAGAAGAAGAAGCAGAUUCUGGAUCUGAUAUUGGCGAUGGUAAGCAAUCCUUUUCAUGUCCACAAUGCGACGCUGUCUUCACCGUGAAAGGUUACCUUACCAGGCAUUUGAAAAAGCAUUCCAGCAACAAAGCUUAUUCAUGUCCUUAUUUUGAAAAAAGUACCUAUGUUGAUGACAACAAUAUCCAACACAAGUGUCAUCCAACAGGUGGGUUUUCAAGAAGAGACACUUACAAGACUCAUUUAAAAUCAAGACAUUUUGAAUAUCCAAAGGGGACCAAGACAAAAGAUCGGGCUACAAGUGCCGGUAACUGUUUUUUUUGUGGAGAACAUUUCACCAAUGCUGAGAUGUGGUGCGAGAUCCACGUUGAAGGAGGCGAGUGUAAAUUCUUGCCAACCGACUACAAGGGUAAACUGAGAAUCAAGAAUAGAUUAAGAAAAAAGCUUCAGAAAAAUGAAGCCAUCACUGACCCUGAAUUGCUUCCAUAUGCCUCGAAAGUGUACGAAGAAGUUAAACAGCAAAGGAAUUUGAAAAAGUUGGCAAAACAACAGCGCAAGAGACAACACUUGUAUAACCAUAAUUUGGUGCAUCAGAAACACAUCCACACUAGUGCCAACAUUCGACGAACCGCAGCCGCAACCGCAGCAGCCGCAACCAGCAACAACCACCAGUAUUACAAUCAUAACCAUAACCAUAAUCAUCAGCGCCAGCAUCAAACUCAUUCAUCUCCUCAGGCAGAUACUCCAAACUCGGUCACUUCUUGUUCAGCUUAUGACCCUUCAACUUCAUCAGUUUAUUCUCCUUACACUCCACAGUCAGAACUGAGUAGGUCUCCCUUGGGCUUUAUGAAUGUUCAAAGUUUUCCACAACAAACAGCUCCACCUAUGCACUACACGACAACCAACUCUGCUGCACCACCACCGCCACGUUCAACAACAGCAACAACAACAACAAUAAGUGUUCCUUACCUGUUUGAUCAAAUAGCUACUGCACAUGAACCAAAACCAGCGAUGGCCACUAGAGAAGAUUACGACGACGAGUUUUGUCUCGACAUUGAUCAAUUAACUAAAUUAUCGACAGGUGGAAUUGCCGGAAGUGAAUCUUUUCAACAGCCACAGCAACUAUUUUCUUAUCAGCCAUCACAAUACGCCCCUACUCAAUAUCAAAAUUUACAGCUACAAUACCAAUUGCAAUUCCAACAACAACAACAGCAGCAGCAACAACAGCAGCAGCAACAACAGCAGCAGCAACAACAGCAGCAGCAACAACAGCAACAACAGCAGCAGCAACAACAGCAGCAGCAGCAGCAGCAACAGCAACCGCAACAGCAAUAUUUGCGCCUGAUGACGGGCGCAAUGUCGCAACCGUACGUGUAUGUGGAAUAUCAGCUGUAUCCACACCAGCAGUUUGGAUCGGCGGACCAGUUUUCAUCGCCAAUACAACAACAGCAACCUGCCAUGCACAUGCAGGAUCAAAAUUCACGGUGA